UUUGUAGAAACAGUCCACAUGCCAAGGCGCUGGAUUUUAUACACCUGUCGCCAUGGAAGGCAUUGGAACAUCCCAAUUCACUUACGGGAAGGGGAAACGGAUACUUCUGGAAAUACAGACGAUGCUCCAUGAAGCUUCACUGAAAGUAAAGUUUACUCCCAUAUCGAGCACAGUUCAGUGACGUGUCAGAGAACUGCUCUCAGUUCUAGCCUCUCACAGACAAAACGGCAUUAUUCUCCAUGGAGCUUACCCCACUCGUGAACUCCUUCUUAGACAACAUAGUCCGUUGUGUUAAGACAUUCCAGACGCAUGUCUGACAGUGACUUGACACCGGCAAACACAACAGUGCCGCUUCACCCUAAUUGGAUAUACAGCUUAUGAAAAAAUAAUCACAUUCUCACAGCAUUUCAAGAAAGAAAGAUAGAAAAAAAGAUGCUGAUGAGUGUGUCAGAAAGAUGGUAAGGAGAGAGAGAGAUCCAUACUUUUCUUCCAAUUCAAAGUUUUCUACCUCCCUCUCUUCCUCUCUCUCUCUGCCUCAGCGCCUUCAACUUCGCUCCCUCUGUUGAUGCAGUCACACUCCUCUUCCCCCCGUGCCCAACGGCCAUCUCUCAGCCCCCCGCUCGCGCAGGAAUCUGUCUCCGCGCUCUAAUCCUCACAUCAGAAGUGCUGUCUGUCUGUAUUCCUCGCCCUUUUUUUUCACCCCUCUUCGCUGCAGCAUGAGCGCUGAAUGCAGCAGUUACUACAACACCGACGGCGUGUUUGUGGAGGCUUUCUCCUGCCCCAAACCUGGCAGCGCUGCCUUCGCCGUCUACUGUUGUGGCUUUAAUGAUGUGAAGUAUUGCUGCGAUGAUCCCAACAGCUUUUUCCCCUACGAGUAUGGAUACAUGUGGUGGCUAAGUAUCGGUGCUCUUGUAGGUCUUUCAAUCGCGGCCGUGGUGCUCCUCGCCUUCCUCAUCACCGUCUGCGUCCUCUGCUACCUUUUCAUAGCCACCAAACCCAAUCGCCUAGAUAACGGCCUGCCCCUCAGAGCACCAGCCGGAGACCCCAACGAGGGACCCAGCCAAGGGAGAGCAGCCGGUGGUUCCGGUCCGCAGGGGUUCAGAAAACACAUGAUGAACAGGAAAGUGGACUCUGACAACGAGCCGUCGGACCCGGAGCGGCUUUUCCAGCGCUGUUUCACCGCUACGGUCACAAGCGUGAAAGUCGAAAGCCCCACAUAGGCCUCCGAAAAACUUGCUUUUGAAGAAAAAUAGCAGAAAAAAGAAAAAAGAAGCAGUCGGUAUGUCACGGCUCAGGAAGGGAGGCGAACCUGGACACAAUCAGAGCUGCCAGUGAGCCGCUCUGAGUGGGAGGACUACGGCAUUAGUCAGCAUCAUGUGCUACACAUUGUAGUCAUGGUGGCUGAGUGGAGCAAAUUUUGUUUUUUUUCCAUUAUUGGAGUAAAAAAAAAAAAAAAAGAAAGACAAAAAGCACUCCCAGUGUCCUGAAAGUGCUUGUCACUGUUACUGAAACUUUGUUCCAUUUUAAGUGGAAAGGGUUGAUCUUUCAUCCUCUCAGAAGUGAUUUGCAGACUAUAUGUGUGGCUCUGUGAGAGCCGGAUAAUAACACGGCGGCGAAGGGAUUGCGGAGACUCACGGAAAUGAAAACAGGAUGCGAGUUUUUAAUGUUAAGUCAGACCCUUGUGACACUUGGCGCUGCCGAUUUGAGGCAGUGUCAUCUCAGGAAUGCAAGGACUGGAGUGGGCUGCUGGUUUCUUCACAAGCUUACUGUGACAAGUCUUUACAUCUAAAUGGCAGACGUCCUUUUUCUACCCAUCAACGUGACGAUGACGAGAGGACGAAUGAGAUUGUUGGGGCUCGUCAGAGUCUAGCGGUCUGGUCUGCUCCGUCGUCAGUCAGCGACGUCGUCUUUUAUCAGUUAUCAAAACUGUUUUCCUCAGCAGAAGACAAAAGUCUCCUUGAACAUGUCUAAUGACAUUAAUAGGUUUUGUGUGAUGUUAGCAGUUUGUGACAGCUUGUAUUUCAGUUCUAAUCACGAGGCGAUGAUGUAAGAGGUCAGCUGACAGCACUGUGAACGAGCAAAUGAUUGUGAGACUUGAAUAAAGCGAACAACAACCUCAGA